UAAAUGCACAAUGAGGAGCUUUACCUUGAUAACAGCUUUACUUCUCUGCAGCCUCAGCUGGAUCUCUGUCUCAGUUUCUGAGUCUCAGACUGUGGAGGUCCAGCGUGGAGAAGAAGUCACUCUGCUGUGCUCCAACAUUUCCAGAACUCCAACUCAGACAGACUGGUUCAGACUGAUCAACAGAACCAAGCCCAGCUGUAUCUCCUCCAUGUAUGAGUCUGAUGGCAAAGUUUCAUUCUGUCACGGAUUUCAAAAUCAAAACUUUGAAAUGAGCUCCAACAUUUCUACUGUCUUUCUUAAAAUCAAACAAGUGGAUUUAUCUGACUCUGGACUGUAUUUCUGUGGAUUUUACAUGGACAAACAUACAGUCAUUGCCAGUGCAACACACUUAAGCAUUAAAGGUGAAAUUAAUGGUGAAUCUGAUGAUAAAGUGGCUUUUAAGACUGAAAAGGAGCCUGGUGGAAUGACAAACCUAAUGUGUGAGAUCCUGGCUGGUCUGGCUGUUUUCUUCACUAUAGUCAUAAUUGUUCUGGCUGUUAAAAUCAGAAAACUUCAGACAGCUCUGAAUGAAGAACCGCAGCCAAAGGAAAACAAGAAUCUGGGCUCAGAUGAACUGAACUACGCAGCUUUAAGCUUCCAGCCAAAAGCAAAAAGAAACCGCAGGCCUGCAUCUGAGAGAGAACUGGAGCCAAAUGUUGUGUAUGCUGCCACCAGAUAGACUCAGAAAGCUACUGGAACUGCAGCCAGCUCAGAGUGGAACUGAUGCUUUAUGAUAUUAAUCUGCUGUUGAUUUCGUGUUUGGGUACUAAGUGGA